AUGGCGGCGUCCCAUGGGCGUUUUGCGCAUGCGCUCAAAGGGCUGGAAGUAGGGGCGGGAUUUUCUGUCGUCUCAACCAAUCACGACGUGAGCGGGGCGUUUCCCGCCGAUUUCCCCUCAGCGCGGGAGCCGCCAUGGGAGCCGCUCCGGCCUUGGCUCGUCCCGUUCCUGCUGCCCGAGCACUGCUUCGACCAAUUCUUCCUCCGCUUCCAACUCCUCGAUGUUCCGUGCUUAAAAAUCCUCCUGAGCAAAGCUCUGGGCUACGGGAUCGUGGCGGGAUCCGUCCUGGUGAAGGUCCCCCAGCUGCUGAAGGUUUGGGGGUCCCGCAGUGGGGGGGGGCUCAGCCUCCCCUCGGUGCUGCUGGAGCUGCUGGCCCUGGGGGGCUCGGUGGGCUACGGCUACGCCAGGAGCUUCCCCUUCAGCGCCUGGGGGGAGUCGCUCUUCCUCCUCCUGCAGACCCUCACCCUCCUCUUCCUCAUCCUGCACUUCGGGGGCCGCACGGGCCGAGGGCUGGCGCUGGUGGCCGUUUUUGGGGCGUUUUUGGGCGUUUUGGUGUCUCCUCUGACCCCGCUGAGCUUCGUCACUGCCCUGCAGGCCCUCAACCUGCCCAUCAUCAUCCUCAGCAGGCUGAUCCAGAUCGUCACCAACGCCCGGCAGGGCCACACGGGGCAGCUCUCGGGGGUCUCCACGGGGCUCCUCUUUGGGGGGGCCCUGGCCCGAAUCUUCACCUCCCUCACGGAAACCGGGGAUCUCCUUUUGGCCUCGACCUUCGCGGCCUCGGCCACCUGCAACGGGGUCCUGCUGGCCCAGGUGCUGCUUUUGGGGGGCUCCCGGGACCCCCACCCCAAAAAGGAGUGACCCCAAAAUCCCCAGCACCCCCAAAAAACCCCAAAAUCCCCCCAAAAAUCGCCUCAAAAUUGAGAUUUUUUUGGGGGGGUUUAAAAAGAGGAUUUUGGGGUGGUUCCCCUGCUCUGGGAUGAUCCCAAAUUUUUAUGGGACCCCCAAAAAAUCUUCCCAGGAUCCCCCAAAUCCUCAGGGACCCCAAAAUUCCCCCCCGGGACCCCCCCAAAAAAACCCCUCGGACCAAGGUGGAGGAGGGGCUGCCGCCCCCAAAGAUGGGGAAUGGGCGUGGCCAGAGAGCCCCUCCCUCCCCCGCCAAUAAAUUUGGGGUCCCCCCCAUUCCAGGGGGUCUCCCCCCCCCUU